AACAUGGCGUCGCCGGAGCCGCAACCAAACCGCGGGGAUAACGAGGAACAAUUAAGGAGAGAAGACGGAGAAACAAAGCCUGGUCCGAUUUCUUUCGGUUUUAGCAAAAAGAUAAAUAAAGCCAAAUUUGAGAAAGCAGAGGAGCGAGAUUUUUUAACUGCAGUUGAGGGAAAGGAGCUACAAAGCACCAAGCCUGUGGAGAAACCUAAAGAGCUUAUCAUCCCUCUAAUCCAGAAGAACCGCUGGAAGACAAACGAGGGGGUGAAGCAGAAGGAUGGGAAAGAAGCUCCGUCUGAUCAGCAGGACUCGGUUGAAUCUCAAGCCAUCAAAGAGCUUAUUGAAGAGUCCCAGAAGCGGCAGGAAGAAUGGAAAAGCGGCCCUCAGCACGACCCGAACCUGUCCAUCCCACUGCUCAUGCAGAACCAGGUGCCGGAGGGCUUCGAGGAUGGCGAACACAUUAAAGUGGACCUCCGGCCUGAGUCGUCCACAGAGGCUGAUUAUGAGCAGGUUCCGGUGGAGGCGUACGGAUUCGCCAUGCUGAAAGGAAUGGGAUGGAAGCAGGGAGAGGGCAUCGGAAACAAGUUCAAACAAGAUGUUAAACCAAUAGAACACCAACUAAGACCCAAAGGCCUGGGUCUGGGCGCUGAUCGCUCUGCCAUUAAGGACCUGGAACCCACAGGGCCCCGAAGACCCCCUAAACCUGGAGAACAGGGAGAAAAAGUUGAUGAGGGCUUGGUGUUGGGGCCUGGCGGGUGUGUUCUGGUCCAGAAAGGGGCUCAUAAAGACCUCUAUGGGAAGAUAGAAUGCGUAGACACCGACAAUGCCAGAGUUGUGGUGAAACUUGCUCUAGGAGGGCAAUCAAUUGACAUCAGCCAGUACUUGUUACGGCUAGUGCCUCAAAAAGAAUACGACAAAUACAGCAAAGAUAUCAGCCGCCUGAGCAAAGCCCACAAGGAGAAAGAAAAGGAGAAAGAGCGAGAACGUGAAAAGGAGAGAGAGCGAGAACGUGAAAAGGAAAGAGAACGUGAAAAGGAGAGAGAGCGAGAGAAGGACCGAGCAUGCGACCAGCAGAGAGGAGAAGAGAAGGCGAAUGGGAAAGACGAGCAGCGGCGAGAUCGACAGUCUGAGAGAGAGAACGUUCGAGAGCGUGACCAGAAAAAGAGGAAGCACAGGGAAACGGAUACAGACAGAGAGAAAGCUCCUUCUGUGAAGGAGUCUCGUUCGUCUCCGCCCGCCUGGCUUCAGAGAGACCUCCGUGUCCGCUUCAUAGAUAAAGCUUUUAAAGAAGGCAGAUACUACAACUCUAAGAUGAGAAUCGAGGACGUCAUCGCACCACACAUUUGCGUCUGUCGAACAGACGAAGGGCGAUUGCUGGAUGAUGUCAAACAGACGAUGCUCGAGACCAUCGUGCCCAAAGGUGACACAGACUCCAUUAUGGUGGUGCUGGGAGAACACCGUGGACAGGUGGGCCACAUUCUAAAGCGCGAUAAAGAGAAGUGUAGAGCCAUGGUGCAGCUGGAGCGCUAUGAGGAGAAGGUCUUCACCCUGGACUACGACUCUAUCUGCCAUUAUGUGGGUGGAGAUCACUGAGCAACAACUCGCACAAACAAAUAAAUACUCCGCAGGAGACAAGGUGACAACCAGACUGUCUACAGAUAGAUUUCUUCACUACGCUUCUUCACAUCAGUCAAGUGAACUCUGUUGAGGAAAUCUGGGAUUUUACUUGUAGCUAAUUCUGAAAGCUGCAUCCCAGGGCUGGAGAAAUGGGACUAUCUGGAGUGUGGUUUGGGACGUUCUUCACUGGCUGCAGUAUAUAAAGUUCUCGUUUCAUUAACAUUGUUUUUAGGAGGAUUUUUGUUCAUGUGGCAUAUAAUUACUGCAAUAUAAAAUGUUUGUUUAAUAAUUAAAAAAUAAAAGGCCUUUCCCCUCA